AUGAGGAUAGUAUCGGUGUCCGGAGCGUUCAGACAUAUGGGCGGAGAGUCGCUUCCGGACCACGACUUCGCGAUACGGACAGAUACUUGUUUGAGUUGUAUAAGAGGGACUACAGGACCUAUCGCCGUUCUCGAGGACAAGUUACAGCUACUGAAGCAGAAGCUCGCGUUGACGGUAUUUCCGGACGAGAUUAUCGAUAACGAGAAGCCUUGGGCGCGUAGAUUGCCACUAACCUACAUUGCCAAGAUCGAGGUGGACGACUUUGGGUUCCGUGACGUUCGCUUUAUUCACUAUCGGAGCGCUGUGGCCACUGGAAUCCCCCUCCUAUUCAUUCAUGGAUGGCCUGGUGGGUUCUGCGAGGCCACCAAGGUGUUGCCGCAGCUGGUGGAGGAUGAGGACUCGUAUCCUGCGUUUCACGCAGUGGCCCUAAGCUUGGUGGAUUUUGGAUUUUCUUGUUCGGGGCGGGGAUCUUGGAUGCCCGACGGCUCGCUUCACUGCCUUGAAUAUGGCCCUUCUCACCGCAAAGCGUACCGCAUCAACGUCAGAGCCGCCGAGCCUACAGAAGCCGCUCAACCUGAGCUCUAUGCGCAGGUACAUCGCACGGCGGCGUUCUUCGCCACUGACAACGGGUACUUCACCUUAGCCUCCACCAAGCCGCAUACUAUCGGCUCCAGUCUCGCCGUCGCUGGCCAUCUGGCCUGGAUCUACGAGAAACCGCACGACUGGACGGACCCUCGCUACAUCAGUGUGUACUGGUUUCCAACGCCCGAUCCGACCGCCUCAAACCGCGCAUUCUACGCUAUGGAGCAUAAGCAGGCUGAGAAGGCUUUCGCGGCAUCGCAGGCCUACACGAAAGGCGUUCCGCUCGGCAUGGCGCAUUUUGCGAAUGAUAUGGCCCUCUUACCAAGGCUCUGGAACAAGUUGAUGGGGCCCGUGGUGUACGAGAGCGCGUACGAAAUUAGUGGGCGUGUCGCUGCGCGGGAGCGCCCAGAUGCUGUCGUGAGCGAUUUGAGGGUUAUAUUCGGUCGAGGGAGUAAUAUGUGUGGGUGUGUGAGCCAGAAGAACGGCAACGAGGAAUAA